AUAAUUUGAAUAAAGAAAAACAAGUACAAAAUGUUGAUGAUAAAAUUCCUGAUGAACGUGCCGCCUCGUUUAGUAGUGAUUGUGAGGUGGUACAAAGAGGUGCACAGGCUAAUUUUGAAGCCAAUUUUGGACGUAUGUCGGUGGAUGUUUUAAGGUUUUUGUGUCACGAGUUGGGGAUUUCUGAAGCAGGUUCAAAGCAGGAUUUGGUAAAUCGUUUGGUUAGUGAGAGUAAGAGAAGGGAAGGUUCUGCAGAGGCUAAUGUUGAUAAGGGCAAGGUGCCGUUUGCUGGUGAGGGUACGACUGCGGCUAUGUUUGGUAGUGCUGGUGCUUCGUUUUUUGAGCCAGGAGCUGGUGCAGCUAGUAAUCCGUUUGAGGCUAGACCUGAUGAAAGAGCGUUUGGGUCUAAUACGUUAGGCAUUGACCAGUCUCAGCAGGCUUAUUGGUCUCCUAAUAAGAGACCUAGAGUGGCGCAAGACCAGGGUUUCAGCAGGAAUGAGCCUCAGGAUAAGCAUAAAGUACAGGUUCCGUUUUUUCAAGGAGUUCAGCCCGUCUUACCUACUUUGGUUCAGCCUCAACCGUAUGUACAACCGAUGUGGCAUCAAUCUCCUUUCCAGUCUAUGAGUUCUGGCCCUGUCGGCUUUGGAGGUCAGUGGAAUGGGUCUGGCUCUCCUUCUUGGAAUAAUCCGAAUUUUUCAGACCAACAAGUUCCUUUGGAGAGCUUGUCUCGUAAUUCAGUUCAUAGUUCGCAGUCACAGCCUAAUCUCGCAAAGUUUCAGUCUUCGGCUAGUUUUUCUAGUGGUAAUGGUAAAAUUGGUAAAAUGCAAUGUGAUUCUUGCCCAUCCUCUUACACGACGAUAUUGGCAUUCGUUGCUUGGAUGGAAAUGGCAGGUCGUAGUUCAGAGAUAGGAGG